UUGCCGCUGCUGUGCGAAGCCCCGCACGGCCGCUGCCUGUCCUGUGGCUUAAAUUCGAGGUUGGCCGAGCGGUGGGAACGGGGUUGCGCCUCCCGGGGUGGUGCGGCACCCAGCCGCAAUCGGAAGGGCUUGCUUGGCCUCUCCUCGCUCAGCGUACGAGGCGAGUAUUGAAUUUUCUAAUCGCAAAGGUGUCUCCUCUUGUUAGCGUCUAAGGGUUCCAAAGGAGGGCGGGGAAUCGGCACCACGCUUCCAGCAUCGUGUUCUGUUUUCUGCAAAACCUUGUAUAGAAGUGGUAGAAUUUUUUUCCCAAAUGCCUGUAAUUGCUCUGCUGCUUUUAUUGUGCUUUCUUGAGGCUUUUUUUUUUUUUCUUUUUUCAUUUCAUAAUGCUGCUGAAAGUGUCCAGGUUAUGUUGGGAGGGAAAUUGGAGGGUAGAGUGAAAAAAAAAAAAUCUCAACUUCAGAGCUGUGAAAUAACCGUACACCUGUGGUGACCGUUAUCCCAGCUAAUUUAAGCCUCACCAGACCUUCCCCAGCCAACCUGAGCAGCCUGUACAACUGUGUGUGCAUCUCAUUUGGUUUCCGCAUAAGAGGGUGCCUGGCGAACUGCUGCUCUUUCGUGUUCAGCGGGGUGAAGCUGGGCGCACUGAAUUGAAACACCCCAAUCUGGGCUUCCUCACCUCUUCCUCCCCAGGCCGGGGGGGGCAGCGAAAGGGGCUGCUGCGCUUUGCAGCCGUUACUGGCAGAGGGGAUGGGGUUGGACGCCUCAGUGAGGCCACUUUGGAGUGCCAUGGGCUAUGCCAUCAGGCAUCCUUCAUACCCUCCUUUCCUGCCUUGAGGUCCCACGCCCCCCCAAGAGCAGCCGAUAAGCUGGUGGAGCAGAGGAAUACGGGGCUGGGAGCGUGAUGCAGGUCACGGGCAGCCACCCGCUCGCUUGUGCAUCUCUGUUCAGCUGUUGGGACACAGGUGCGGUGCAAGGUGCCCCUUUUUGCCGCUCCUCAUCCAUGGGCGGCUCUGGAAGACUUCGCAAAACUGGGCACAUAUGCAUCCCUAUAGAUACCUACACCUAUAGUAGGUGUAUGUAUCGAUCUCUACUGUGGCUCUUUGGGAGCGGACACCCCGGGGCCCCGCUCGCCCCAGCUGUGCGCCACCCAGGGCUCACAGCUGCGGGCAGAAAGCGAGAGCGAGCUGGGGGAGAAGUGAAAGCCGCAAGCCAUUUCCAUUGUCCGAAGGCAGAUGAUAUGCAAAGCACAAGGAGUGAAAGUGAACCAGGUCAGCAGAAAUCACGUUAUUAAAAUGAAGGUGAGGCUUACAGCCUUUGGGCCGCUGGCUGUAACAAGGGAAGUUUUGAGGACCUUAACACCAGCCUGACAUGACCGUUCGCUCAAGAGCUGGGGAGCUCACGUUUGCUUCCCAUCGAAGAAAAACUGUGUUCAUUCCUCCAGAGAGCUGUCGGGCGAGCCUCACUGAGACGCUGACUUAUUGGUUAUUUAUUCCUGCAAAAUAUUCUUGUGCUUUCUGCUGAAGAUUAAUUCUUACAGGAAAGCCGUUAAGAAUAUGCAAAGGGUUAUAAUUAGUGCCUGUUUCUGCAUGGCUUGUGAGUGGCAUCCCGGCAAAAGAACAGAGGCGGAUUUGGUGCUGGAGGGGCUGCGAGCCCCAGCUCAGCUCUGACCGAGGUGCCAAGCUGUUCCCCCCCCCUUGCAGGGGGAGAAGCCACUUCAGCAGGGCUCCACAGAGCCCCUCUCUCAAGCUGUGGGGAUGCUCGUGGUCCCCGUGACGUGGCUCUGACCUGGGGUGUUCAUCUGUCUCAUUCAAAAGGAUGCCGACUCCUCCGAGCGGGUCCUCAUGGACAUGCGCUGGGGCCUGAUUCCCUCCUGGUUCAAAAAGGACGACCCCUCCAAAAUGCAGUUUAAUACUUCCAACUGCCGCAGCGAUACCAUGCUGAAGAAGUCCUCCUACAAGGGCGCUCUCCUCAAGGGCAAGCGCUGCGUGGUCCUGGCAGAUGGCUUCUACGAGUGGCAGCAGCAUGGCGGGGGGAACCAGCCGUAUUUCAUUUACUUCCCCCAGAGCAAAGAUGCUGCGGCUGAGGAGAAGGAGGCAGAUGAGGAAUGGAGAGGCUGGAGGUUGCUCACCAUGGCUGGGAUUUUUGACUGCUGGGAGCCACCAGCGGGAGGAGAAAUGCUGUACACUUACACCAUCAUCACCGUGGAUGCCUCCAAGGAUGUGAGCUUCAUCCAUCACAGGAUGCCAGCCAUCCUGGAUGGGGACGAGGCCAUCAGGAAAUGGCUGGACUUUGCUGAAGUGCCAACCCAAGAAGCGGUUAAACUCAUCCAGCCCACGGAGAACAUUGUCUUCCACCCAGUCUCCACCUUUGUCAACAGCGUCCGCAACAACACGCCCGAGUGUCUCGCACCCAUCGAGCUGGGAGCCAAGAAGGAGGUCAAAGCCACCCCAAGCAGCAAAGUGAUGCUGGGCUGGUUAAAAAACUCCCAGGAGGGCUCUCCCCAGAAGAAUGAAAAUGAUUUGCCCAGGUGGACGAGUCAGUUCAUCCACAGCCCUUCGCCCAAGAAAACCAGCGCAGAUAUCCUGCAGCAGUGGCUGGGGAAGGAGGGAGAGCCGGCUGCGAAGAAGCGCAAGGCUUAGGCACCAUUUGGGAUGGCUGGCCAUCCUUUUCCCUCCUGAUUUUCCUAAGCAGAAUGAGGAACUUUUUUUUUUUUUUUUUUUUGAAGGCUUUGCUGUUGAGAUUCUCCCAGCCUCUCAGGUGUUGAUUCAAUGCUCUAGGUUGUUGUCUCUGUUCUUCAUGUUUUGUUAAAGGUUGGUGUUUGUCUUUAAAGGUUUUGGCUUUGUCUCGUGCUGAUGGGAGUGGAUAUAACCUGCUGGCCUCCCUCCCUGGCAGGCACUCCUGCCAAGUGCAGAUAAAGCCUUGAGAAGCAUCUCGGCCUGCUGAGGAGUAGCUUCUGCCUUCUGACAGUGUUCACCAUUCACGUUUCCUGUUUCCUUCUUCUUUUUUUUUUUUUUUUUAAUUAAACUGAUACCUCUUUUCCAUUUAAUUCCAUAUUGGUUCUGUGCAAAUUCCUUUCCAAUAGUCUCACCCUCAAAAGAUGACUGCAGUAUGGAGGAGCAUGCAAUAAAUGCUAGGAGGAAACCCCAGGCUCAGGAAGAUCUGCUGGAGUCAUCCCGCUCUGCAUCAGCGUUGCUACAUGUAUUCGUGGCUCCUAAACAGGGAGAUAUUUAAGUGGUGCCUGGGAGGAACUGGGCUUUGCUUGGGUUUCCCUGCGGGCAGCAGGGUGGGACAGCGUGUCUUGGUCACGUUGUUUGUACAAUCAUUUUGUUAAUGGGAUUUGAAGACUUAGAGAGGAUUUUCUUGAUCUGUGGAGGGAAGUGCUCUGCCGUGUUCAUAAAGGUCAUUCAUUAAAGCCCGGAUAACCAAAGUGCCAUUACAGAACAGCAUAGGGCAAUUGUUUUUGAGGACAGGGAUUUUGUAAACAGCCAGAUGUGACAGAUGAAAAGCCUUACACUGUGGGCCACAUGCUGGAAAGCAGUACUUCAUUUGUAUUGGAAACAAUAAA